AUGAAUAACCAUCCUGCCUCUUGGAUAUACUCUUCCCUAUAUCCUCACUUCAUCAUCGUCCAAGAUACUUCCUCUUUCAACACCCAUCCCAAAAAUCUAACCGCCGACAUCCUUACUGAUCCAACUACCCAAAUAAACGAUAUAAAUAACAACAACUUUCAAAUCCUAAAUGAACACCCAAUAAACAUCUUUCCCGAAAUCCAUUACAAAUUCAUCGAUGACGAUGAUCAAAAUACUGAUUUAAAUAACAAUAAUGACAACAUUAUAAUAAUCGAUUUUGAAAAUGAUGCAAAAACAAUCAAAUCCAUAAACUGCUUCUCUGACGAUUGGCAAAUUCAAAACAUCGAACAAUUCCAAUUUGACGCCAACAGCAAUAACGAUAACAACUACAAUAAUGAUCUCGACAACUCUGUCAACCUACUCAUCAAGGGAACAAAAAUCUCGCCCACUUUCAACACUGCCGCCAGUGUCUCUCCUGCUGCUACCACUGCUGCUUCUGCUGCUCCUGCCCUCAGUGACUUGGACCUCCAUAACCUGGUGGCUCUCUUCUCCUUGCGCAACCGCCAAUUGAAGCAAAUGAUGCACUUCCAGCUGAAUUUGGGAUGCUUUGAGGGCUCGGCGCUUAACUGA